UGUCAAUCAUUCAUUCCGGCUUUUCCGGGUGUGGGCGGGAUUUCUUAGCGCUUCUCGCGCUCUGAUUGGCUGCUGCCCUCUCCCCUCACGCUCAUUUCCAACAUGGCGGCGUCCGAGGCGGUCGCGCUGCUGGAGGCGCUGCGAGCGCAGGCGGCGGAAGUGGCGGCGCACGGGCGAGAGAUGCUGCGGAAAGUGAGGGGAGGGCAGCUGGAGACCAAGGAGCAGGGGGUGUCGCUGCUGCAGGUGCGCUCGCAGGCGCUCCUGAGUUACCUGCAGGACCUGGCCCUGCUCGUCUGCUCCAAAACCCGGGGGGGCUCCCUCAGCAACUCGGGGGGGGCCCUGGAGCGGCUGCUGGAGACCAGAGUGGUGCUGGAGAAGCUCCGCCCCCUGGAGCAGCGCCUCAAGUACCACCUGGAGAAGCUGCUGAGGGCGGCGGCCUCGGGAGGGCGUGGUGCCGAGGAUCCGCUCAGCUUCCGCCCCGCCCCUUCCAACAUGGCGGCGCAGGAGGAGGAGGAGGAUGACGCCGGCGAAGGCCAAGGGGGCGGAGCCAAAGCCCCGGGGCUGGGGGGAGGGCGGCGCUACGUCCCGCCCCGCCUGGUGCCCGUGGCCUGCGGUGA